AUGGCAAGAAAUAAAAAGAGAUCAUAUUCAGCCUUAAAUAAAAACCCACCUUCAACUAAUAAAAACGUUAAUAAUAAUGAUGAUAAUGUAAAUAAAAACAGUGAUAAUAAUAAUAAUAAUAAUAAUAAUAAUAAUAAAAAUAAUAGUAAAAAUAAAAAUAAUAAUAAUAAUAAUAAUAAUAAUAAUAAUAAUAAUAAUAAUAAUAAUAAUAAUAAUAAUAAUAAUAAUAAUAAUAAUAAUAAUAAUAAUAAUAAUAAUAAUAAUAAUAAUAAUAAUAAUAAUAAUAAUAAUUAUAAUAGUAAUAAUAAUAUCAAUGAUGUAAGAGUACAAAUAGACCCAUUUGAAAGCGUUGAAUUAUUGAAAGACGUUCAAAGAGAUAAAAAAAAACACAGAAUAUCAAAUGAUAAAGAAGAAUUAAAAGAUAAAACCAAAAACAAUAAAGAAAAAGAAAAAGAGAAAGACAAAGAGAAAGAGAAAGUAAAGGAAAAAGAUGAUACAGAAUUAAAAGAAGAAACUAAAGAAAAUGAGAAAUUAAAUAGAAAAAAUAAUUUAAAAAAUAAAAAAGAGCAAGAGGAAAUAGUGAAAGAAAAUAAAGAAAUUGAUAAGAAAGAGAAAAAAAGAAAAAGAGAUGAAAAAGAAAAGGACAAAUCUAAUGAUACUGUAGAAAAAGAAAAACAUAAUAAUAAAAAUAUUUUAAAAAAGAAAAAACCUGAUGAAGAAGAGGAAGUGGAAGAGGAAGUGGAAGAAGAAGUAGUCAAAGAAGAUAAAGUUGAUAAAAAAUCAAAAAAGAAAAAAGAAAAAGCAGAGAAAAAACAAACAACAACCACAACUACAACCACAACUGCAACUACAACUACAAAAGGUAAAUCAAAUGUUGGAAAAAAUUUGAUAAAUGAAAAUAGGGUGAAUGAAACUGAUGAUGAUAAUAAUAAUAAUAAUAAUCAUAAUAAUAAUGCUAAUAAUGAAUUUAAAUCAAUAACUGAUAAAAAACAAAAACUAUCAAACAAUAUAAUAAAGAAAAAAGAAGAAAGUGAUGAUGAUGACGAAAAAGAAAAAGAAAAAGAAAAAGAAAAGAAUAAAAAGUUAAAGAAUAGUAAUAUAAACAAAAAUAAUUCUAAAGAAAGUCAAUCAAUUAAAAAGUCACCUACUAAAUCUCAACCAAAACAAUCAAAAAAGAAUGCCUCUGAUAAGAUAACAAAAACUAUUGAAGAAUCUCAAUCAGAGUCAGAAUCUGAGGAACCAAUCGAGAUUUCUAAAAAAUCAACUGAUAAACCAAUUUUGAAACAAUCUAAAAAGAAACCAUCUGAAUCAGAGGAAGAGUCUGAAAAAGAACAAAAAAAGAUUGUUAAUAAAUCAAGUACUAAACCAAUAUCAAAACAAUCUAAAAAGAAAGCAGUUGAAUCUGAAUCAGAGGAGGAGUCUGAACCUGGAUCUGAAGAAGAAUCUGAAGAAGAAUCAAAAAAAGCUGUUAAUAAAGCAAGUGCCAAACCAAUAUCAAAACAAUCUAAAAAGAAAGCAGUUGAAUCUGAGCCAGAGUCUGAAUCUGAGUCAGAUGAAGAAUCUGAAGAAGAGGAAGAGUCUGAAGAAGAAGAGACAAACAAAGUUGUAACAAAAUCAACCUCUAAACCAUUGAAACAAUCUAAAAAGAAAGAGAUAGAGUCCGAAUCUGAAUCUAAAUCUGAAGAAGAAGAAGAAGAAGAAGAAGAAGAGAAAGAGGAAGAAUCAAAGAAAAAAUCAUCAUCAAAACAAUCUAAAAAGAAAGUUACUAAAUCAAAGUUCGAGUCUGAGCAUGAAUCAGAAGAAGAAUCGAAAGAUUCAAAGAAAAAUGUUAAAAAAUCAGCAUCAAAACAAUCUAAAAAGAAAGUUACUCAAGAGUCUGAUGAAGAAUUAAAAUCUGAAUCUGAUGAAGAAAUUAAAAAAGAAAAAAGUAAAAAAGUUAAGAAAGAAAAAGAAAAUAAAUUAAAAGAAAAAGAGAAGAAAGAAGAGGAAAAGAGAAAAGAGGAAAAAGAAAAACUCGAACGUGAGAAAAAGGAAAAGGAAAAGGAAAAAGAAAAAGAAAAAGAAAAAGAAAAAGAAAAAGAAAAGAAAAGAAUUGAAAAAGAGAAAAAGAAAAUUAGAGAAAAUGAAGAAAAAGAGAGAAAACAAAAGGAAAAAGAUGAAAAAAAGAGAAAAGAGAAAGAGGAAAAGGAUAGAAAAGAAAAAGAGGAAAAAGAAGAAAAAGAAAGAAAAGAAAAUGAAGAAAAUGAGAGAAAAGAAAAAGAAGAGAAAAAGAGAAAGGAAAAAGAGAGAAAAGAAAAAGAAGAAAAAGAAAGAAAGGAAAAAGAAGAAAAAGAGAUAAAGGAAAAAGAAGAGAAAAAGAGAAAAGAAAAAGAGGAAAAAGAUAGAAAAGAAAAGGAAAGAAAAGAAAAUGAAGAAAAAAAGAGAAAAGAAAAAGAAGAAAAAGAAAGAAAAGAAAAAGAGGAGAGAGAAAAACAAGAAAAAGAAAGGGAGGAAAAAGAAAAACAAGAAAAAGAGGAGAGAGAAAGAAAAGAAAAGGAAGAAAACGAAUCAAUAGAUUGCAUCAUUUGUACUGAUACAAUAAAAAAAGAAGAUAUUUCUACCAUUUGUGGUUGUACUCACAAGUUUUGCUUUGAAUGUAUUCUUGAAUGGUCCAAGCAAACCAAUACUUGUCCUCUCUGUAAAAGUAGAUUUGUUAGAAUUAAAAGAACUUUUAAACAACCAAGAAAAAAGAACUCUGUUAUUGUGUCUGCAAAAGAUCAAAUCGCUGAAUAUACUGAAGAAGAACUAGUUAAUUUAUUGGGUGAAGAUUAUGAACAACAUUUUAAUGAUGAAGAAGAAGGAGUUGAUGCUGAUGCUUUGUCAGUUGAAUCCUCUUUAGAUUCUGAUGAUUCACUUAAUGAUUUUAUUGUUGGUGAUGAUUCAUUUGCUUCUGAUGAAGAACCUUUUCGAACUACAAAUCACCGUGUCAGUAGUCAAUUUCCUCGUUUUCGUCGUUCAUUCUUCAAUAAAGUCGAUGAUGAUGAUGACGAUGAUGAUGACGAUUAUCACGAUGAUGAUGAUGAUGUUUCUGAAAGUGAAAGUAAUCUUAGUGAUUUCAUCGAGGAAACUAAUUCACUAGUUACACCAGUAACUCGUAAUAGUUCAAGAAAUCCAACUACUACCACUACUACCACCACUACCACCACCACUACUACUACUUCACCAAUUACAAGAAGAUCUUCUUUGAGAAGAAAUACAAUUACAAUCAGUGAUGAAUCAAUAGGAAUUCCUUCUACACCACCAAUAACCAGAAGAAAUCCAAUUAGGAUAAGUGAUGAUCUUACUACAACUACAACUACAACCAGAUCAAACAACAACAAUAAUAAAAAUGAUGAUGAUGGUGCAAUUGAAUUGGAUAGUGAGACUGAAGAAGAUAAAAAACACUUUAAUCGUAUUUUUCAAAUUGAAAGUGAUAGUGAUACUGAAAAUGAAAAUGAAAUUGAAAAGGAAGAAGAAUGUGAAGAGGUUGAAGAAGAUGAAGAGGAUGAAGAAGAUGAAGAAGAUGAUGAGGAUGAUGAGGAUGACGAACAAGAAGAGGAUGGUGUCUAUGAAGAGGCUGAAGAAGAUGAUAGAGAUGAAGAAGAGCUCGAAGCCCAUUUAAAUGUACCUUUUGGUGAAUGCGAAGAUUGUGGUGAAUGUGACUAUUGUUUGGAUGGUCUUGAUUUACAUAGUGAUGAUGACGAAGAUGAUGGCUAUUUCACCAACCAUCAAGUCACAAGUAGGUCCAGAAGAACAACAACAACCACCACAACCACUACAACAACAACAGGUACUGGUACUCCAACCACAAGAAGAUCCUCAAGAAACACCACAACUACCACCUCCACCUCACCAACUACUCCAACCAUUCCGGUCACUAGAAGAUCCUCAAGAAACACCCCAACGACCUCUGCUACCAGAACAAGAACAACCACUCCUCAAAGUAGUGAAGAUGAAAGUGAUGUUCCUUUUGAAUACAUAAUUCAUGGAAAAGAUGAUGAUGACGAAGAUGGUAGCAAGAAAGAAGAAAAAAGUAAAAAAGAUAAAAGAGAUAAAAAAGAUAAAAAAUCAAAAACCCUCACAAUCUCUUCAGAUGAUGAAGAUAAUAGUAAGAAAGUUGAAAAAAACAAAAAAGAUAAAAAAUCAAAAACCCCCUUAACCUUUUCAGAUGAUGAAUCUGAUGAAGAGCCACCAAAAAUUCAAACUAGAAGAAGAAGAUCCAUCACAACAAUCGAUGAUUAG